AGAGAGAGAGAGAGAGAGAGAGAGAGAGAGAGAGAGAGAGAGAGAGAGGCCGCCACCAUUUGUAGUUUACAGGUGCCCCUUGCCCCUUUUGUCUACCUGGAGAAUACCCUAUAUUAUAAAACCCUAAUUUUUCAACCCCUUGCUUUUUGGAUGGAGGCUGGGAAUGGUAAAUGACAAAAACAUUCUUGGAUCAAUCCCUGUCAGUGAGCCAUUAGGCUUUUUCUUUCAGACAGUAUACCACAACAGUUACUGCUGUUAGAAAGGCCUUUGUAUCCUGUCUGUUUCCUGUUUAAUUCUUCUUGUUUUAUUACCACCCUAGUUAUUUUGGGAUAGGUACCGCCCUGACGACAUAUUUUCUACCUCAGUUAAUUCAGGGAGGAGAUGGGAAGGAGUGACUAACAUGCGGAUCCAGCUGCGAUGUGUUGAAAAAUAGCACACACUGCGUCUAUAGCUUCUUACACACUAGGACACAUCCAGGUUUUUCUUAACAUGUGGAAUCGAGAGGCUCUGGAGGAUUGUAUAAAGAAAAAGGUCAAGGAGCGGGACACGAGCCAGCAGUUCCAAGCCUCGCUUUCAAGUAUGAGUACACAUAAUGACUCAACAGUUCCGGAGUGUUACCAGUCCGUAGCUCACUCCCUAGACAGCGGUCACGUGUCUGCUGACGUCAGCUCACCCGUGGAGGACUACAACAAACGAUUCUCCGUCCCAAACCUUCUGGCCUACAACAAGCUCAACUCGGAGAAGUCUGGUCAGCGAAGAUCCACGAUCGGGGACUUGACCUGUGACCACGCGGAUGAACCUAUGGACAAGCGUCGUCUUAAUCUCCUCCAUGUUCCAAAGAGCACUAACAAACGGCGACCGUCUUUGGCGGGGACGCUGGACGAUGAUUUUAAUGAGAGCGUGUCGAUGACGGGGGUGAAUGUCCAGAACGGGAUAAACGAGAGUCUGGAGAGGACGGCGGGAAACGGCGGCAGUCAGGACAGCGUCCACAACCGUUCAGCAGACGACAGCCACAGCAUUGCCACGACUGUUGAGGUGGAGGAGGAGGUGGAGGAAGAUGACAGUUGGAGGCCGUACGACGUGUUCCAGCUGUCUGAGCGAGAUAGCGACGCCAGCGACUCCAUCUUCAAGGAACUGCUCAAGAUUCUCAGACUCGUCCUCUACGUCUUCCUCGUGCUCGCCAUCCUGGCAACCACCGUCACCAGCAGACUGUCGCUGUUCCUCCUAACGUCAGGCAUCAACGAGGACAAACAGUCUCUCAGUGUGAGCAUGGUUCUCCUGCUGUUCUGUAUCUGCGCUCCCAUUGGAUGGAACUGGCUUCUGUCCUUCAUGAAGAUUCUCUUCGGUGGCAAGGAAUGGCCGUCUGUAAAAACCUUAUUUGUGCUGACAGUGCUGGAGCUGCUCCAGACCUGUGGAAUAUCCCUCCUGGUGUUCAAAGUUCUCCCAUCAACUGAUUUCUUCUGUGGAAUCGUCAUCACGUUUGCUGUGUUCCAGGUGCCUAGCUUUCUCCAGAUGCUCUUCUCGGACUACAAGCUAACCUCCGGUUUGUGGAACUGUCUCAAGCUGGUCGGUAUCACCGCGGCGUUUGUGUGUCAGGUCGGAUCAGCAGUGCUUUUCACCCUGACAGACUUCACAUCGUCUGCUGGUCCAAGUAUCACAGUGGACAAGAACGCGACAUUCAGUUUGAGAAAUCUAGUGCAGUUUGGAUAUUUCACCUGGGAAAUUCCAGUAGCCCUGGGUCUUGUUUCUUUGGGAUUUUGGCAGAAUUUUAUUUCGGGCGAGUGGUUCCUGUGUAUGAAGGUGCACUGCUGUUUUAAAUCGUGGAGGAACACGCUCCAUAACGUCAAGGAGACGUCCUACUUCCUCAUAGGACCUCUGAAAAUUGGACUAACCGUCCUCCUCGCAAGACUGAUCACCAACAGCGGGUACAGCUUACCGGACGUGGUUGCGAGGACAGAUGGUGACGUUGUGGGUCACCUGGCGACAUACAGCUUGAUGUACAUACAGAUCGGGUCUGGCAUUAUCUGCACGUACCUGGCGGGUUUGGCGUGCAAACUGCACAUGCAGCGCAUGUCCUUCGCCUUGCCUCUCCUGCUGUCACCUCCUGUAAGUCUAGGCGUGGUCUACCUACAGUGCCGCUACGCCUUUUUGCCGUCCCACUGGCAUGACGGGGAAUGGGCGUGCCCGCGACUGGACUUAAUCCCUCUAGUCAUUCCACUCGGAUGUGCGGGCGCACUCUGGAUCUCCUACUGCCUGAUUACGUCACAUAUAUGGUUCCCGAAGUGCGAACGCAUGGCCAAAAUUGAACGGCUGUUCGUCACUCCGAACUACAAUGGAAUUUUCCCGGAUUACAAUCUGACGAUGCGCAGACGUCGAUACGAGUUGGAUGUGGUGCGAGGGCGAUGCGAGAGCAGCAAGCCGGGGGUGCCGGGUCUGGACAGUGUGACGCCCAUGCUGUAUGUGUGUGCCACCAUGUGGCACGAGACUAGGAAAGAAAUGAGUCAGCUACUGAAGUCACUGUACAGGUUGGACUACAUGCACUGCGCUAGCCGACUGGCCCAAGAAAAGUUUUUAAUCAGAGAUCCGGAUUACUUCGAUUUGGAAAUUCACAUCAUUUUUGACGACGCCUUCGAGUAUGAUAACGAGACUGACCGCUUCGUACCUAACACUUUCGUCCUGCAGCUGGUCGAGGUCAUGGAGGACGCAGCCAGGUCUGUGGUGAAGGGCCCCAUUGUGAUUCCUCCCCCGACAAAGAUCCCCACCCCGUACGGGGGGAGGCUGGUGUGGACGAUGCCAGGGCAGACGCAGCUCAUCAUCCACUGUAAAAACAAAAACAAGAUCAGACACAGGAAGAGGUGGUCGCAGUGUAUGUACAUGUACUACCUGCUUGGAUUUCGCCUGCUGGGAGGGCGUGGAUCCAACAAGACGUCCACGGACAGUGACGGCGAUGCGGCGGACUCCCCAGAGCUCCCCAACAACUCCAUAAGAAACAGGAAGAAACGAAACAGCAGGAAGGGUCAGAAACAGAAGUCGGUUCCCCUGAAAACUCUUCUGAUGAGGAUGCCGCCGGAGAAGUAUGAACAGAUUCUACAGAAAGCUGAACGCUGCUUCAUCCUGUGUCUUGAUGGUGACGUCGACUUCCGGCCCGAGUCGGUGAAGCUGCUUAUGGACAGGAUGAAGAAGAACAAGAAAGUGGGCGCGGUCUGUGGGAGGAUCCACCCCAUCGGAUCAGGUCCUAUGGUGUGGUACCAGCAGUUCGAGUACGCUAUCGGUCACUGGCUGCAGAAGGCCGCCGAGCACGUGUUCGGCUGCGUAUUGUGCUGUCCGGGCUGCUUCAGUCUGUUUAGAGGUUCUGCGCUGAUGGACGACAAUGUUCUCAAGAUGUACACGACGAAACCCACGGAGGCUAGACACUACAUUCAGUUUGAACAAGGUGAAGAUCGCUGGCUGUGCACUCUUCUUCUCCAGCAAGGCCACAGAAUCGACUACUGUGCCGGUGCAGAUGCUCUGACCUUUGCCCCCGAAACCUUCAACGAGUUCUUCAACCAGCGUCGACGGUGGUCGCCCUCGACUCUGGCCAACCUGAUGGAUCUGCUCGAGUCGUGGCGGGAGACUGUCCGGAUGAACGACAACAUCAGCAGGCCGUACAUCUUCUACCAGUUCAUACUGAUAGCGUCCACUGUCCUAGCUCCAGCCACGGUCAUCCUCAUGAUCACCGGCUCGUUCCAUUCCGUGCUAGGCCUGAGCGUGUGGUGGUCCUUUCUGUUGUCAAUGACUCCCGUUGUCUUCUACGUCAUCAUCUGUCUGACUCAGAAGAACACCCUUCAGAUCACCAUAGCGGCCGUGCUGACCGCUCUGUACACUGUGGUCAUGAUGAUAGCAACAGUAGGAACCAUCAUCAGCAUAGCUACGGAAAGUUUCAACAGUCCGAAUGUUGUGUUUCUCUGUGGAUUGGUGGUGAUAUUUGUCGUUGCUGGGUUGCUGCAUCCUCAGGAGCUGUUCUGUCUCGUGUACGGAGCUCUGUAUUUUCUCGUGGUGCCCACGACAUUUAUUCUGCUGACAGUUUACUAUCUCUGCAAUCUCAACAACGUUUCGUGGGGGACGCGAGAAAUGCCUAAGAAGUUGACGCCACAAGAACAAGAAGCCGCCGAUAGAGAAGCUGAGAUAAAGAAAAAGAAGAAAAGCAAGACCUUUUUCAGUCUUUGGGGCUUAGUGGCUCUUGUGCAGGAGCUUCGUGAGGUGACGAGAAGUCUUAUGGGUUUGAAGAAUGAGAUGGAGUCCAAUGCUCUGCAGCAGCAGCAGGAAGGAACCGAAGUGACGAUGGACACGAGGUGUGAGUACGUCCACAAGACGCUCAGUUCUCGAGACUCUGCGUUCUCGCGGACUCCAGUCGGCUGGGAACCAAACCCCGACCUGCCCUUCUGGCUGAAUAUCGAGGAGCUGGGGCACGGCGCCGUGGAGGUGAUUGACGACGAGGAACUGGAGUUCUGGAAAUUCACCAUCAAGAAGUAUCUGCAUCCGCUAGACGAAGACAAAUCGCACCAGGAACAGAUCAAAACGGACCUGAAACUGCUCAGAAAUAAUGUCGUGUUUAUAUACUUUCUCUUAAAUUUCUUGUGGUGCGUUAUUACUCUGCAACUCCAGGGUCUGGAAAGCGAACUGAAAAACUUCUACAUCAUUAAGAAGUACGAACCACUGUCGUUGCUGUUUCUGUCCAUUUUUGCUGUGGUUUUGCUGCUUCAGUUUUUCAGCAUGCUCGUACAUCGGUGGGGUACUUUCCUCCAUCUAAUGUCGAGCACCAGAGUGGACUGGUUCCAGAAGUCUCACAGUGAACAAGAAUUUGCCAAGUUUGUUCUCAACGAGACUCGACGACUUCAGCGACUGGAGCCAGACAUGGAACCGGAUCCCGACUACGGCGAUGAUGACGACGACGCCUACUCGUCGACCUUCUCUGACCCUGAAUUAGGAGAAGAGAUGUUUUCCACGAGAGGGAGCGAUGACUAUUUCGAAACUCUGAGAAGUGUUAGAAGUGACACAAUAAAGCGCCUAAGAAGUCAGUCGCGGAGUGCGGGAGUUCCAAUAUUAGAGACGAUAUUUGAGCAGAAUCUGAGGACUAUGCAGAGCUAUCACAAGAACUCGCUGCGUUACAAGGGCUCCAGUCGGAUGCAACGAGUAGACAGCAAACACAAGGGGCCAGUCAAGGAACACGAAAUGCGGCAAAGACUUUACACUCGGACAAUGGAGCAUGAUAGAGAGCAGUUAAAGAGGAUCAGGGUCAUGUAGGUACUAAACGACAGAGGGAAGACCUAACCUAAGAGCAUGUAGACAACAGAUGGGAAAAAAACCUGACCUAAGGGCAUAUAGACAACAGGUGGGGAAAAACCUAACCUAAAGUUAUGUAGACAGCAGGUGAGGGAAAAACCUAAUCUAAGGUCAUGUAGACAACAGGUGAGGGAAAAACCUAACCUAAGGUCAUGUAGACAACAGGUGGGGAAAAAACCUAACCUAAUGUCAUGUAGACAACAGGUGGGAAGAGGGAAAAGUGAUUUAGUGUCAUGUUAACUAUAAUAUGCAAACGAAAAAGUAAAAUUACGAUGAUGGAGAUAACAGAUGAGAAAAGGAACAACAUGGUUUAGUGUCAUGUUGCCUACAGAUCCUGCCUCGGAUCCAGCAAGUUGCAAAGUGAGAGGUUGAACCCUGGCUUGGCAUGCCUUGACCAUCAAUGGAUAUGAGCAUGUUUAAAUGUAUGCAGACUCAGACAUUCAACAGCAAAAAUAACCUAGAGUCACGUAGACAGCAGGUUAAAACGAGAAAAAGUAACUUUGCAAAAGGGAGUCAAAUGUGUUAAAGCCAUGCAAGCAAUAAUACUCAAUACAAUAAUGCUAAUACUCGAAUUCAAACGAAUCAAGACGAUGCAGACAAUAUUAUUUUAGUACCAGAUCAAUCAAAGAUGACUAGUCGUGAAGACAACAUAUGAGACAGAUAUCAAGGUCAGUUAUACUGUGUAACAACACGGCAAAGGUUAUACUGACCGCAUUAUAUCCUUCUUCAGCGGCUUGCAUGCCCUUUAUGAAUGGAUCCAAAGCGACUUUGGAUUCUGCAGACGGCAAAUGUCUUUCAGUACAAAUAAAGAGGAUUAUGACGUACAGAAAUGGAAUGACCAUGCCGGUUAUUUUGAUGUACUGGGAGACGAAUAACACUGAUUGCUCAAAGUCCACCAAACUGCCAGAAACUCGCUCACAUUGUCGUUAAUGAUAGUGAAAUUUUAAUCUGAUGGAUGAAUGAAUACUGAACGGCACACGGACAAUAUAGGAUAUGCCAUAUUAGCAUCGCUUGCCAGUCGUUCCUCAUUUCAUAAAAGAUAUGUAUAAUGAAAUUCAAAAUGUACAAUUGUUCGUCAACUGUAAUUAUAGGAAGGCACGUCCUGAAACUAUAUUUUAGGUACGCCAGACGAAGAUGAUAACAUGUGUCCUAGGGAGGAAACUAUGUAAGUGGAAGAUGACACUGGAUUGAUAUUAACCAGUACGGCAUUUCAACGGGUGUGUUCUG